GUGCUUUUAUUUCGAAAUUCUACCACAGGAAGUAUCCCAGUUUCCGUAAAUGUAGUUUUCACGCUCUGUUGUCAUCCGUCGGUUAACCAUCCUCUCACAACACUGUAACCGCUCCAUCUGGAGUACACACAAUGGGGCUGUAAUGUCGCUUCCUAUCAGAGCAUCUUCUGAAGAGCACCGAGGCUGUGUAUGGAUCUAAUGAUGAUGAAAAAGAAGAAAUUCAAGUUCCGGGUGGAUUUCGAGCUUGACGAGCUGUCGUCGGUCCCUUUUGUCAACGGGGUUCUCUUCUGUAAAGUCAGGCUUCUAGACGGCGGGUUCUCCGAGGAGUCUUCCCGAGAGCCUGUGCAGGCCAACUGUGUUCGAUGGAGGAAACAGUUUUCUUUCCCCUGCAAGAUGAGUGCCAACGCGGGGACCGGAGUCCUGGACCCCUGUGUUUGCCGCGUGUCUGUCAGAAAGGAGCUGAAAGGCGGAAAGACCUAUGCAAAGCUGGGUUUUGCAGAUUUGAAUUUAGCAGAGUUUGCCGGCUCAGGAAAUACAACUCGCAGAUGCUUGUUGGAAGGCUACGACACCAAAAACACUCGCCAAGAUAACUCCAUCCUUAAGGUUAUCAUCGGUACUCAGCUCAUGUCAGGCGAUCCCUGUUUUAAAACGCCCCCCUCCACUGCCACGGUGAUUGGGAUCCAGAGUGAUGGAGAGAGUCUGCUGGAGGAGAGAAGGGGAGGAGACUCACAGAAAGGCUGCUCUGGGGAGAGCCGGGAAGGGAAAUGCCCCGUUGUGUCAGAAGAUCUGGGGGGCUGUGGCCAUUCCCGAACAUCCAGCUACGCCAGCCAGCAGUCCAAACUCUCAGGCUACAGCACAAGUCACUCCCGCUCCUCCAGCAUGUCAGAGGUCUCCCACAGGAGGAACCACUCAGUGGGCAGCGCCUCCACAGGUAUCGGCAGCAUCCCGGAGCCCAGCGAGGACAGAGAGUCCAGACCCUGUCCCGCUCUGCCUGAACACCCGGACCACACGGGAGUCGCCGGCGAUCCUCCAGGCACGCCAGUUAAGAGCGCCUCAUCCUGUGAACCUCUGAGCAGACACCCUGUCAAGCAGGACUCCAUGGAAUCCCAGCUAAAGCGGAUGGACGACACGCGGGUGGACGCUGAUGAUGUCGUGGAAAAGAUACUACAGAGUCAAGACUUCACACCCAGCCUGCUGGACUCCAGCGCUGAAGAAGAAGGCCUGCGUCUGUUCGUCGGUCCCGGAGGAAGUACGGCUCUCGGAAGCCACCGUCUUCCUACGCGGGUUGGCGCCGGAGCCUAUGAGCAAGUGGUAAUGAAGCGUUAGGCCUACAACCCUCAGUUAAGAACUGACAGCAAUUAGAGUUUUUGAAAAAGGAAAAAAUGGGAAUGAGUCUGUUUCCGCUUUCUGUCUUCAUUCCUGGCACAGUAGCUGAUCAACCGUGAUCGCUCCAAACUGGAAACAUUACAAUAGCGCCCUCCUGUGUUCACACAUGGAACAUAAAGAUGUAGCUGAUCAAAUAUGACCUGGACACAUUGGGGAGGGGGUUCCUUAUGAACAUUCAGAAAGGCAUUAAGCUCCUUUGGCCUUGCUCUAACUGUCUGCUGUGUUCAGUUGUAAAAAAGCUUCUUCCUUUAACAGAAGCUGGUGGUAGUGAUUAGCAUUUCUCGGUGUAGCUGUCCGGUGGAAAAGCUGUGUGUGCAUCAUCAGGACGAACAGAAAUCUGCUCAAAGCAGUAGCUUUUAAUACAUUCCUUUGUCUCUGAAUUUUGGACUUCCUUUGUAAAGAUGUCCGCUUUAAAAUUCAGCUAAUAAGCUGCAGUGUUUGAACAUUUUGACAGCUGUUUUCAAGGCGACAAUAUUUUAUAACAAAACACAAAGCUAUUUGAUGUGAGAAGUUGACUUUUGUCCUUUUAUUUGUUCAUCUUUUCGCUGGUAGUAUUCAUUCUUGUGUCUUCAGUUGUGCUACGUUGGUACUGUUAUACAAGACAAACUAAUCAAAUAUAUUACCCAUAGAUGCCCUAUUUUUUAAAAUAAUUUAAUGCAUUUGUUGCACCAAUGAGAAUUAGAAUAAUACUGUUAUCAGGAUUUUUUUUUUUUCAAAAAUGAGACCAAAAGCUAAAAAAAAAAAAAAAAAUUAUCCAAGUCAUGGAAACACAUUUUUGGAUCAUCUCUGCAAACUAGAAAUCUACAGAUCUACUUAGUUUUUUCUCAACAAGACAGUUAAACACUUAUAUAUUAUGGUAGAUAUUUCAUUUUGCAAAGCAUGUCUGUGCUUUGCAGCUGUGAGAUGUCCCAGUGAUCAAGGAGCUUACAUUAGUGAACAAAUAAAAACCUUUAGGAUCUACCAACAAUCUGUGCAUCUUAUCAAUAAACUGCACAAAAAACUUCACCUGUAUUUAGAAGUGUUCUCACUAAUCUUUUAAUAUCACAUAUAUAUAUUGUUAAUCUUCACAUCAAGAGGUUAGAAUAAAGAAGUGUCUUUUAUGGACCUAUCCGGUUCAUAUAGUGCUGCAAGAUAAGUAAUGUUCACAGGUGGAAUGGUUAGAAACCAUCAGGCAUAGUUUGCAUUUUCAACUACUUGAGAUACACAAUAUAUUCAAAUGAUCCAGUGUAAAACAGAAGUUUUACCAGGUUAGUAGGAAAACGCAGAAUUAGAGACACAACUAGUGACAAACUGUAGCGCAAAUUUUACGUUUUAUGCUUCUUGUCGUCAGUUAUUAUAGAGGAAAUUAAAAGCCUCAUUUAAAUCAACAUUAAUGUACGUACAAGUCUGUGUGUGCCGUUUUUGUUAGCAUCUUCUGCAUGAUUGUCGUCUGUUUACUUUUUUUUUCUGUCCCUCGUUUUUACAAAGCUGGACACAUUUUAGUUUUUUUUUCUCCUUUUUCAAUGUUGUGCCAUCUCUAAACUUAAAUCUGUGACCUUUUUUUUCUUUUUUUUUUGCUUUUUUCACUGUGAAAUAGUUAAAAAUUGUUGUCCUGAAAAGCAGAACUGAAUCUAUGUUUUUUGGAAUUUGUGCUCCCGUUAAAUGAUUUAUAUUGUCGUCUUUCAACUGUCUUUGUUUUUACUGACGCUGUGCCAUAUUUUAAAGAAAGAUUCUUUUCUUUCUUUUCUUUAAAAAUGUAUCAUUUUUUUGCAACAAAAUGUCCAUUUGGCUUAUAUUUUUUUUUUUAAUUGGAGUUUUUUGAAAUAUAAAAACCAAAAAAAAAUUGAUUGUUUUACCUGUGACACACGGGUAUGUUCAUCCUAGUACUUAACAUGUUGUUCCAAACAUGGUUGUUUUAUCUCUUCUGUGAAGCUGUUGUCUGAAUAAAACUGUAUUCUCGUGUAAAGUGACGUUCCGUGCUGUUGCGACACUCCCGAAUGGUCUCUGUUACAUACUUGUUGUUUUGACCAACAUUUGCUUACAGUGUUCUUGGAUGCCUAAACUGUCUCUGGCACUGUUAAAUAAAAACUGUUUCAAA